GGAGACACACAACUAGAGAGAUGGCGCGGCACCAGACCGGAGCGCAAGGACAGCUGGUUGGCGGUGGGGGGGCUUGAAUUAUAAAGAGAAUCAGGAAAUUAAAAAAAAAACAAAAACACAAAAAUAUAACGAAAAAACUGGAUUCGGAAAAAGGAGUUUCCAUUCUGCAAAAUAGCGUCAGAGGUAGGAGAAUAAUCAAAUAGGUGAAUAUAAGAGCAGAGAAACGGCAAAAGGAAAGGAGGCUGCUGCAAGAAGAAGAAAAAGAAAAAAAGCAACAAAAGCAAAUUGAACUUUACUGGACGUGAAGACUUCUGGACAUCAGCAAACUGUGGUAGGUCAGAUAGAUGGUUUGUCCACAGCGCUGCCCGGAUCAUGAACGCACAGCUGUCGAUGGAGAAUAUUGGCGACCUGCACGGAGUGAGCCAUGAGUCCGUGUCCGGUCACGGAGAGCUGCUGAGUGGCCACAGUCCGCAUUCCCGUCCGAGCCCCCGGGGUCUGAGCCACCGCGCUAUGGGCAUGGCGACCCUGCUGGACAGUGGAGACUAUCACCCCGGCCACCAUGGACACCUGCAUCCAGCCAUCAGCAUGUGUGAAGCCCCCCCUGGCAUGAGUGCUAGCAGCACUUACACCACCCUAACCCCCCUGCAGCCCUUACCCCCCAUCUCCACCGUGUCCGACAAGUUUCCUCCCCACCAUCACCACCACCAUCCCCACCAUCCUCACCCUCAUCCGCACCAGAGGAUCCCCGGGAAUGUCAGCGGCAGUUUCACGUUGAUGCGAGAGGACCGGAGUCUGGCACCUAUGAACAGUCUGUAUCCCGCAUAUCAUCACAAGGAUCCAUGCAUGGGCCAGAGUCUCUCCCCGCUGUCUGGUUCCGGUCUGGCCAGCAUACAUACGACCCAGGCCGGUAUUCCGCCCUACGCUCAUCCCGGUGCCGCCAUGCCUGGUGAGAAGAUGCUCACCCCCAGCGGGUUUGAGGCUCACCAUCCGGCCAUGCUCGGCAGACACACGGAGCAGCACAUGAGCUCCUCAGCGGGCAUGGUACAAAUCAACGGCCUCCACCAUCACCCUCACGCCCACCUUGGCGCACAGGGGCACGUCCAGGGGCCGGGGAACAGCCGGGAGCAGGCCUCCGGGCUCCGGCAGCAAGGGGGCGGCGGUGGAGCUGGUGGUGUUUCUGGGGGACAGAUGGAGGAGGUGAAUACCAAAGAAGUGGCGCAGAGGAUCACCACGGAGCUGAAGCGCUACAGCAUCCCUCAGGCCAUCUUUGCCCAACGGGUCCUGUGCAGGUCCCAGGGGACUCUGUCCGACCUGCUGAGAAACCCCAAACCCUGGUCCAAGCUCAAGUCCGGCAGAGAGACCUUCCGUCGCAUGUGGAAAUGGCUGCAGGAGCCUGAGUUCCAACGCAUGAGUGCACUCAGGCUCGCAGGUGAGCGAAGCCUCGCAUGUAAGCGUAAGGAACAGGACCACGGCAGAAGUGAGAGGGGGAACGUGAGCAAGAAGCCCCGGCUGGUGUUCACAGACGUGCAGCGGCGGACGCUCCACGCCAUCUUCAAGGAGAACAAGCGUCCAUCCAAAGAGCUGCAGGUCACUAUCGCCCAGCAGCUGGGCCUCGAGCUGGCCACAGUCAGCAACUUCUUUAUGAACGCACGCCGCCGGAGCCUAGAUAAGUGGGUGGACGAUGGUUCCGGUCACUCAGUCAACUCUGGCCCCAACGCCUGCACCAAAGCCUGAAGAUGGACUGAUUUGACCAACUCAUGGACUGACUCAACCUCGGUGGAAAAGCUUUAAAACUUAAGAGAAACAAAGAGAAACUUAAAAAAAGACCUUGAAGCAACAUUUUGCCCUUAAACCUGUACUAUAUUGAUAUUUAUAGUAUCCAAAGAUGAAAAAACAAACCAAAGACUUCUCGUUUGACCCGCUUUGAAAUGUUUGUUUCAGCAACACAUUUAUGUGUAACAUACUGCAAAAAGAUCUAUAGUUUUACCCCCACCCCCCCUUACACACACACUCACUGUCACUGGUCUCUAGCUUUACUACAACCCCCCUCCCCUCACACCUCCCCACUCAGUAUCAAUCUAUCAUUUGCCAUCCUUAUCUUUAAUCUGAUUGGUUGGUUUUAAUGAUGGGUCCCUUAAUGGAGGUUUAAUCAGCCUGUUGGCAGUCUGAUCUACAGCUGUCCACAAACCUUGAAAAAACAGCCAGAAUGUGGAGCUCCGGUGGGAUUGGCCAAUCAACUUUUAAUGGGAAAGAAAAAAUCCUACAGGAGCGACCAGACGGUUGUGCAACCUUUUUGGAUUGGUGGACUGUCUGUCUAUCUGUCUGUCUGUCCAGCUGUCUGUCUUUCCAUCAAGCAUCCCAGACAGACAGGGAAAUGCCCAGCGUAGACUGCUAACCCAAAACCGAAUCCCAACCCUGAACCCAAACCAAAGCCCCCCGUCCACACCCCCAAAUCCUCAACCCACAUGGUAGUGCUUUCUUCCAACAUGCUGAAACGUUGAAUCAUUUAGAAAAAAAGAGAAACCAAAUCCUCCUGCACCCUGAAGCCUCUCAUGCAACUUAGAAAUAAAAAACGCUAAAUAACCUGCUAAGGAGUAAUUUGACCAAAGAGUAUAUUUUGUAGUUGAUAAUCUAAAGAGUAUUUUUACCUCAUCUCCUCCCUUACCUCCCAAGACAGACUGUUAGUUAGGAGCCACAAAGAAGAGAAUGUUACCGCUCAUUAUCCUUACAGCAUUUUGAGUCAUAUUUUUGAUUUACAUUCCCUGCAAAAGGAAAUACUAUAUGACAUAACCCUGAAAAUUAACUAUUUACAUUUGCCUUAUGGAUGCCUUCUUGAAUCAAACUGAAUAUUCCAGUUAUAUCUUCACAAUCGGCCUUGUGAAUGUUACUGUAAAUGCUCAUUGUGAAGAUGAAUCAUAACAUAUCCAUCCAUUUACUGUAAGUCUGUUUAGCUCAUGGAUAACGCAGGUUUAGCUCUAGUUUAUGUGUUCAAGUGCCAGCAGCUGGCAAACAAAAAGAAUCCAUUCACAGUUGUGUGUUUUUUCCGCAAAGGUGAAAACACAAGAUGCUGGCUCCCAUGUUUCAUGUGUGGUCUUGAGACAAGAGGGCCUCGGAUAUGUGUGUGUGUGUGUUUUUUAAGUCACUCCCUUAAUAAUAAGCAUCCAGCAUCCCUGUGCUCUUCGUACGUACUUGAUUUUAUCUCCUAAUCGAAGAUGUUGGGUGUAGGGGAUGAUAUCAAUGAUCAAAUCACUUUCUGGCGCUUACGCAGCAAUGUCAGCUCGUCACCUGAAUACGAAAGCACCCCCGCACCCUGUUUGCCGAUCAAACCCCCCCCCCCCCCCAGCCCCCAUCCUGCCUCCGCUCUCCUGGUAAGCUAUGCAUUUCAGCACUAGGAGGAAAGCACUACACAGGGCUGGCCCAGGGCAGCGUAGCAUAUUAGAUAUAUUAGCUGACCCCUUGCCAUCAUCGUUCCUCAAGGCCAGGGUUAGCAGCUCUACAUUCAUCAGAACAAGCGCUGAAGGAGAAGCCAGGGAAAAGAGAGCUGCUUCUUCAUCUCUGAAUGAAAAACCAAAAAGAUGACAAGAAACAAAAACAAACAAAAAAAAAUGUGUCAAGACCUGCUGAUGUUUUAUAGUGUGAACCAAAGAUGCUACCUCACUCAAGUUCCAUACGUGAUUUCUAUCACUUUGAUGAUACCAAAGAUAACCAAAGAUUUUUUCUCAUUGCACGGCCUUUAUGAGUGGUGUUAAAAGAUGUUGUAUGUCCCCCUCCCCCCAUAUCCUCUCUUCCCCCUUCUCCUUUCUUCUACCUUCUCACCCUUUCUCACCUGCACUCAACCCAUGCACCCCUGCUAUGCGUGCUCUUGCUUCAUCUGUGCUCUGAUUACAGCUCCAUAGAUAGUCAUGCUGAUAUACUGUAGCUAUAGGCAGAUAUGCUGAUCUAGCCAUAGAUACACACAACCGGCAAUGCAGGUGCCUGCGGGAUACAGCUCUCGCUAGCAGCGUGAUCAGUCUUUCUUUGUGCUUGUUAGCAACACAAAAGCAUACAUUUCUACCACUUUGUUGGCAGAAGACAUACAAAUCUACAAGCUGACAUUGUGGCAAACAGUUGUGUUGAAUGAAGUUUAGUUCAGGAUUCAUUUCAAAGUAAUCUAUGUGGAUUUGAUGGAGUAUCCUGCUAGAGUGUAUUUUCUUUGCAGCUUUAUGUCCACUCGGCCCUGCCUCUUAGUGUGUAUCUAUAGGUUGAUAAUAUUGAUCCAACAAACAAGUCAGACAUCUUUACAUGACAAUAGGCAGACAAGCUGACAGCCAUGGGCAGAAUUGUUGACUCAACUAUAGGCAGACAUGUUCCUGAAAGUAGAAGCAGACGUGUUGCAAUCUUUCUAAAACUCCCAGGACGAGUGCCUUGCUUGAACCAAAGUGUUAAACCGCUGUUGACCUCUCACCUUUGACUCUGUGAAUACCUCAGCCUGUAGAAGGGCCACUACUGAAGAAACAAGGAAAAGGUUUUUUCUUUUUAUCACACCGUGGUGCUUUCGCCAGUGCAACCAUGCAAUGAAAAACAUACCAAAGGAAUUUUUGUUGUCCACUUCUACAGAUUAAACCAAAGGUCUUUGUUUCUCCUCUCCCCCUGCCCCUUUACCCUCCAUCCCUCCUUCCCCAACCUUCCUUGUCUCUCUGCUGUGUGUAGAAAGGUCCAGCACUCUGGCCGUGCAUGUCUUUACCAAUGUCUCUGAAUACCUCAUAGUAAUAAUUCCUUUGAGUUCUGCAUUGAGACGUCUAUCUGUGAGUUAAGCAGAACUCCACUUGUGUGGUAAUUGUUAUUGUUACUUCAAAAAAAGCUGUAUGAUUAUCUAUUUUGAAGUUUUUUGUUUUUUUGGCAAAAGUGCUCUGUUUCAAGUCACGGAGGACAAGUUUCAGGGUUGAUGUAUGAAACUUACGGGAUGGAGGGAGAAGCGUAUUUUUUAUCAGACAUUGGGUUAUGCCAAUAUUAUGAUGGUAGACUAUUGCUUUUACAGGGUAAAACCAACUGCUGUGAUAUUGUGUUCAUAUUUCCCUUUUCUCUACUUAUGUGUUGUGAUUUUAAUUUAAUUGCAGUUUUGUAUUGGUUAACCACUGCUUUAAUUUAUGCAUUUGUAGAAACUCUAGAUUUGUAUAUAGUAGGAUUUUGGAAAAAAAAAAAACAAACAAAAAAGACAGUUUUAUGUUACAGCCUUAUUUCCCAUGCUUAGAUAUAACAAAGGAGUAGUUUGUAUUCUUCUUCAGCUAAAUCCUAGCCGGCAUUUCAAUGUGUGUUUUAAACACUGCCAGAAACCCAGACAGUUGAUUUGCCAUUGCAGACAAAGUUAUACAGGAGCUACUUUGUUGAACAGCUGGCAAAAAGCAGUGUGUACGUGUGUGUGUUUUUUCUAUUCUUUUGACUUUUUAAAAAAACGUUAUUUUAUGGGUAUUACUGCACAUCCAAAGAUUUUUAAAACAAACCAAAAAUUGGAAAAAAAUAUGUAUAAUGUUGAAAAGCACUGGCAUUUGUGAGGUAGAUUUGUUGAGUUUUGAUUUGCCAUUCGCACGGGUAUAGAAUGUAGAAGGCGUAGGGCUAUGUAGACAAGCUUACUCUACCAUGUGGGGAAUCUCCUGUUCAAUGUACAAUCUGAAGCAUUUGAAACGAGGGCUGCAAGUCCCGCUCACUUUGCUGUCUCAUACACAGAGUGAGGUGGAGCGUAGGCUGGGCAGCCGGUCUGCCAGGGGCUGUGCCGCGGAGCUGGGUCUGUUUUUAAAUUGCUGCGGCACUGCCGCCUCGCUCCAUCUAGUAUCUGUUCUUUUGGUACGUACUCGUGUAAUGAAUAUGAGCAAAGUCUAAUAAAACUGCAAAGAACCUUACCAAGGAAUCAGUGUGUGAGUGUGUAUAAGGGACACAUUUAUUUUCCUGAGUACAGGUGAGUGCAAGUGAGCGAGUGUGCUCAACUCAGAUGUCAAAUAGCAUUGAGGUAUGCAGGUGUGUGUGUUUUUGUGCAUGUCUUUCUUUACUGUGCAUCCCUGUAAGUAUUGCAUAUUGUCAGGUUGUUGGCUGGUGUGCAUGCAUGUGUGCAGCUGGUUAGUGCAUAUCACAACAGUAAAUUAAACUCCAUCCGGUCUUAAGAGGCCUUACUGUUAGUGCUGCUUCCUCACAGACAGCACAGUGUCUCUGAGGACUGACUGUAAUCACCAUGUCAAAGAAGUCCAUGGCAGAUCACACCAGUGUGUCACACACUCAUUACAUCACAGGAUGGAGAGUGUGAAUGUUUUUCUGCAAAGUGCAGGUGUUUACAUCAUACUUCUAAAGGCCUGUAUUAAUGAAGGUAUGGAUGCAGUGUGGACCUAUUUAUUCCCCAUUCUCACAUUUAGUGUUAUUUAUUUUGUUCAUAAGGAGUUCCCAUAUGAUGGGUAGCUUGGCUACAAGUCUCAUAACAAUACUGCGGCGCCUAAGACAAUCAUCUGGAUCUCUUAUGCUGGGGAACUUAGUUUCUCACCCACAGAGGGGUGUCCUCCAGCUAUUCAUAUACAAAGAUGCUUGAAGGGUUUUGAUAAACAAGCAUAUUUGUUGUCAUAGACAUUUAGGAGUAGAUUUACAGUAGUAGUUCAUCUUGCACUUGCAUUUCAAAAUGAAAUCUCAUUGCUCUCGUCGACCUUGUGCUCUUGUCAACCUUGAUCUCUUUCUUUUGACUGCCUUCUCAACUCACGAUGCUUCUUCAGUUUUGGGUAUGCGUGCGUGUGUGAGGGCGUGUGUGUGUGUGUGUGUGCGUGCGUGCCAGAGAGGCAAUACUGUCGGUGUUACUCUCAGAUGUAUAACUCCAUGUCUCAUGACUUAAUUUGUCAUUGCUGUUUCCCAGGCUUUGCUACUGCUUUCUCAGUGCCGUGCAAUAUCAUCUGUUGUGAUUGCUAAGCAAAUGAAAAAAAAGAAAGAAAAUUGAGAAGCAAGUGAUGAUGUCAUCCAGCUUUUUUCAGUGUUCAAAUGUUUCAACAUUUCUGUAGUCACAAAAAGUAGAAAAUAAACUGUUGGUAUUUCCAG